AAGAAGGAUGUGAUCGUGACACUAAUAGGAACGUUUUUGCUAGGCUUGGACCAUGGUGUACCGCUUUGCCUGUCGUUGCGGCAAGGCUGCAUCACGCAGCACUUAUGCAGUGUUUAGGAGUGCGGGCACCAUCGCGAACAGUCCUGCAAGUUGUGGCGAUAAGGAGUAUAAUACAGUCAUCGUAGGAGCAGGUCACAAUGGGCUCAUUGCAGCAACAUACUUGGCUCGAGGUGGUCGAAAAGUUCUGAUUCUAGAAAGACGUCACAUAGCUGGUGGAGCAGCGAUCACUGAAGAAAUCGUACCAGGAUUCAAGUUCUCCCGUGCAUCCUAUCUGCUCAGUCUUCUUCGGCCACAGAUUCUCAAGGACUUGGACCUGAAGGGACAUGGACUCCGACUUCACAAACGAGACCCGUCCUCCUUCACUCCUCUUUGGACAAAGUCCACGGACCAAUCGAGUCGACCAGCUGGCCUGCUUCUUGGCUCUGAUGCGGAGCAGAAUCGAAACCAGAUAAGCCAGUUUUCAAGCAAAGAUGCUGAGAUGUAUGGCAGGUAUGAAGAGUUCAUAGCAAGAAUUGCUAAUAGUGUCGAUCCACUUCUGGACAGCGUUCCAUUGAACAUGGUGCAGAAGUCUUCGUCAAUUUCGUCAAAAAUGGGUUCUCUACGAGCAUUGCUGAAAGCAGGUUCUCGGCUUGGGCUGAAGCACUUACCUGGUGCGUAUGAGCUAAUGACAUCUCCUGCAGCAAAGGUCUUGGAUAAGUGGUUUGAGGGUGACGUGCUGAAGGCUGCACUGGGCACCGAUGCCAUUAUCGGUGCAAUGCUUAGUCCCUACUCCCCAGGCAGCGGAUAUGUGCUGCUGCACCAUGUGAUGGGUGGUGUGGACGGCGGCGGUCCGGGUGAGUGGGCGUACCCGCACGGCGGUAUGGGCGCCGUCACUGGGGCCAUGGCACAAGCUGCUGUCAAGGCCGGCGUGGACAUAUGCCUGAACUCUCCGGUGCGGGAGUUCUUGGUCAAGCAACAUGCUGGCACAGAUGACCCGCGUGUACACGGUGUUCAACUGGAAGACGGCCAGGCGGUGUUGGCUAGCUCAGUUCUCUCCAAUGCCACUGCAGACGUUACAUUCAACAAGCUCACUCCGAAGGGUGUGCUUCCGGACGACUUCCUUGCUGAUGUGAACGGAGUGGAUUACACGUCUCCUGUCACCAAGAUAAGUGUGGCUCUAUCUUCCAUCCCGGAUUUCCUGUCGGCACCGAACACGGCCCCAGGCGUGCCGGGACCGCACCACCGUGCUACGAUUCAUAUAAACUGCGAGAGCAUGCGCCAAGUGCAUUCCGCGUACAGCGAUGCCGCCUUCCGUGGCGUCCCGUCUGAAACGCCGCUGAUAGAAAUGUGCAUCCCGUCCACCCUGGACGACAGUCUCACACCGGAGGGAUGUCACGUCAUGUCUCUGUUCACGCAGUUCACGCCCUACACUAGAAGUGAUGGUGUCGAGUGGACGCAGGAGGCCCGAGAGGAGUAUGCGGAGCGAGUGUUCCAGUGUAUUGAAGAGUAUGCACCUGGCUUCCGCUCACUCGUUGUCGGAUACGAGUGCCUUCCACCUCCCGAACUAGAGCGUGUCUUUGGACUAACCGGCGGAAAUAUUUUCCAUGGAUCAAUGUCACUGGAUCAACUGUACUGGACUCGCCCUAGUCGACUCUAUCCGGACUACAGGUCGCCAAUCCGGGGACUCUAUCUAUGUGGGAGCAGUGCACAUCCAGGUGGUGGAGUGAUGGGUGCUCCGGGAUAUAAUGCAGCCAAAGUUGUCUUGUCCAGCCAACUGUGAAAGCACCGUUUGCGUGUGGUGCCGCACUCCAGCCGAUCCGUGUUGCAAUUUACCGGCCCGAGUUGUCCACCGGCGCACGCUCCAGUGCAUAUGUUGGGGUACGCGCCUGACAGCGAUCAUUCGUACAAGCCGGAUACCUACCCCCACAUCUUACCCCCAUGGCAUUGUGUACCCAUCGUACCACAUGCUUCUCCUUCCCCAUCACUUACGUGUACUUGUACUGCACAUGUAAUUCAGUUAUCAAGUACUUUUUUAGUCUCGGAACCUCUAGAUUUAGGAGAGGUGUUCAUUUAUUUUCCAAGCAAAAUACAAAACAAAAACAAUUGAUGUAUUUAGAAAAAAUA